GAUGUGUGACACCCUGGCUAAUGAACAUGGCUGCCCAUCAGAAGAAGAGGAAGACUUCAUGGCUGGAGGAGACCUGGGAGAAGGCUUUGGGAGAAAACCUGGUGGCUUGUAUGAAGCUAUAGAGGGGACAAUGGCCAGGACAUUGAGACUGAAAAAGGGAUCUGAUGCUCAUGGUCACUACCAUCUUGUAAAGAAGGGUGAUGAUGUUUCUUCUGUAAGAUGCCAUGGUGGAAAAUACUGUAACUCUGAGGACAGAAGUGUUUUAAGACCCUCCACAGAGGGCUACGUGCGGUGCAGGCAAAACAGCAUUGAUGCAAGCUCUGAAGUCUCCAGUGAAGACCUGAGACAGCGUCUUCAAGAUUUGACAGAGGAAGUUGACUUGUUAAGAGUUGAACUUGAGGCUUCUCAAAGACAGCUAGAUGGGAAAGAUGAAGCACUGAAGAUUCUGCAGAGCAUGGCUGUGUUUGAUAAGGCAACCGGUCACACCAAGGAAAUGCUGCAGAAAGCGGGGGAGCAUCGGAGAUCCCUCGAAAAGGAGAUAAAUGUGCUGCAGUGGGAAAUAGAGUUUGAUCAGGUGAGGUUGAAGAACCUGGAGGAGUCCUGGAAGGAGAAAUAUGAACGGGUACAUUGUGAAAACGCAGCACUGAAAGAGAGCCUGGAAUUACGGACCAAUGAAGUAAAAACCCUGAAAGCUGAAAACACAAUUAUAAGUCAGCAGUGUCAAGAGCUGCUCGCAAUGCUCGAUGUGAAACAUCAGAAGAUGUUCCAGGACAAUAUGUCUCUUGAUAAAAGUAGUCUGGCAGAGGUAACUGCACUGGAACUUGCUGUGCUUGGUGCUUGUACAUGUACUCCUGGAGGAGAACCCUGCUCAUGUGCAAAGAUGUCCGCUGCAACUCGUAAACAACUGCUUCAGCUCCGAGAGGAAUGUGAAUUGGAGAAGAAGAGUAAAGAAGAAGCCUAUGUAAUGGCUGAUGCGUUUCGCAUUGCGUUUGAGCAGCAGUUGAAGCGCAGGAAUAAUGACAGUCUGCCACUGAGUGACAUAGAGAAGCUCUGUAAGAAAGGAAGUAAAAGAAUAAACAGCUGGAGACGUCUUAAAGAAGAUGGGUAUGUGCUGGAAAAAACGAAGAACAUGACUUUGGGUCAGAAAUUGAAAAGCAUGCUGAUCUCUUCUAUUGACAGCACACAUUUAGAUGCAGCAGAUGACCCACAAAAGGUCCUCGCAGUGUUAAUUGACCUUCUUAAUGAUAAAGAGGAAGCUCUGGCUCAUCAAAGGAAGGUUAGCUACAUGCUUGCCCGGACUAUAGAAGACAAAGUGGAAUCUUCAGCAAACCAUAAGAAAAGUUCUUCUCAGAAGGAGUUUGCUGCUAUAAGUGACAAUCAUAAUUGCUUUGACACAGAAGUUCCAUGCCUGUGUGUACCUAAUACCACGUCAGAUGAAAGCCACGGCACAAAGCAGGAAGCACUUAGGUCUCUGGAAACCUCAUUUUCUUUGCUGCUAAAGGAUGUUUAUCCCCAACAAAAACACAAUGAUAAAAGCUCCUCGGACCAAGGGACGCAACCGAAGGAAGAAGAGUCUCAAACAUAAUGUCUAUAAAAUAUUGAUGUG